ACAAUAGCAAUUUUACUUUGUGGCUGUGGUAACUAACUAACCGUGGUAUCCUUAUGCUAGCGACUGUUUGGAACUCGUAUACCAGAAAUCGGAAUUGCAUAACUAACGUCAACUAGGUGGCACCACUUGCUGUGUUACAUAGACCACCAGUUCUACAGGCAUGCUGAACACGCCAAUGGACCGACACAUCGACUGACAAUGGACUGACCGGCCCUCUCCACCAGUCCCCUGCUCCUCUCAGUGUUUGUGCCUGCUGGUUCCCGGUUGGUAGUUCCUCGGGCACCGGUUGUCAUGGCGUCCAACAGUCGGGCUGGAAGACAUUCCCUGUGGUGGUUUCUCUCGCCGUUCCGGAGCAGGCAGGAGCGUGUGGUGCUGGCACGCAGCGAGAGCAUGCCGGGGGAACACGUGCUGAAGAUCACCAUCACAGAGACCACUGUGAUCGAGGCAGACUCGGGGGUGUGGAACUCUAAGUCGCUGGUCUACCUGGGUCUGUGGUACUUCUUCAGCUUCUGCACACUGUUCCUCAACAAGUACAUCCUGUCUCUGCUGGAGGGGGAGCCCAGCAUGCUGGGCGCUGUUCAAAUGGUCUCCACCACCAUCAUAGGCUUUCUGAAGAUGUAUGUGCCUUGCUGCCUAUACCAGCACAAGUCCAGGACUGAGUACCCCCCCAACUUCCUCAUGAUCAUGCUGUUUGUGGGGCUCAUGAGGUUCACUAGUGUGGUGCUGGGACUGGUGAGCCUGAAGAAUGUGGCGGUCUCCUUUGCUGAGACGGUGAAGAGCUCCGCACCCAUCUUCACUGUCAUCAUGUCUAGGCUGAUCCUAGGGGAAUACACAGGGAUGUGGGUGAACCUGUCCCUUUUUCCUGUCAUGGCUGGCCUGGCCCUCUGCACUGCAACAGAGAUCAGUUUUAAUAUGCUGGGCUUUUCUGCAGCCCUCUCCACCAACAUCAUGGACUGUUUACAGAAUGUUUUUUCAAAGAAGCUACUAAGUGGAGACACAUACAAAUUCAGCCCUCCAGAACUGCAGUUCUACACCAGUGCAGCUGCAGUCAUUAUGCUAAUACCUGCCUGGGUCUUCCUCAUGGACAUUCCAGUGAUUGGGAAAAGUGAGCGUUCGUUCAGCUGGAGUCAAGACAUCGUUCUGCUGCUGCUGUUUGAUGGGGUCCUGUUCCACCUGCAGAGUGUCACCGCCUACGCCCUCAUGGGACGCAUCUCUCCCGUCACCUUUAGUGUUGCCAGCACAGUGAAGCACGCCAUGUCUAUCUGGCUGAGUAUCAUUGUGUUCAGUAACCACAUCACGGUGCUCAGCGCCGCCGGCACGGCCCUGGUUUUUGUUGGUGUGCUGCUGUACAACAAGGCCAAGCAGUUUCAGAGAGACACGUUACAGGCCCUGGCCCAGGCUCAGGACCAACACAACAAACCACUUCUGCAGGACCACGAGCUCAAAGCAUCGGACCGAUACACUCCCCAGGAGACCAAAGGGGGAGAGACCAAAGAGGUCUGUUCUUUUUAACUUUGAUCAUGUAGAACCUGAUAGAACCACAAGACUUGCACCAGCAUUACAACAAAUCGGAGAAGUCAACGGUCAUCAUAGCACAGUGAAAGGAUCUGUCACUGGGGUUUCUCUCAGUGGGAAUUGUCCAUUCGAGAGGCUGGUUUCAUUCGGCCUCACCUUGAUUCACUCUGAUGAUACCUUUGUGAACUUGCCUUAGUGUGCGGUCUGAACACGGACCAGUGUUUGACUCGGUUCUGGUGUGUUUGAACUUCACUUUUACACUGUCAAUUCCUUUUGUUGUUCCAUUGCCUCACCUGAAAUGUUUCAUUAUUUCAUAUGGUUUUGAAACACGAGCAAACUCAGGAUUUCUCUCAAUGUUCAUUGGGUGGAAGCGGUUCAAUGCAAGUCUAUUUUUUCUGCGUACUUGCCUUUAUGAUAAUUUUUGUAAUGUUUUAUUGAGUCUUACAUUUUUCGGUUAUGGACACACGUUGUCGUUGACUAAACAGCUUUAUUCUCCUGAUCAUUGGCGAAGGUCCAUCAACAUGUAGAACAGUCAAGACAUUCAUCAUUCAUUCUAAUAGGGCUUUAGCUCAGCUGUAUACCAAUUGGUCACAAGUGUAAAGCAAAUAUUUGCGGCAUUAGCCUGACCACAAAGGUGUUUUACCUUCGGGGGAGAUAAGGUAGCGAGGGUAACCCUUUAUUUGUUUUCCCAAAGCUCACCGUUGACACUGAACUUCUCACAACAAUUUAAUUUGAAAUAUUUGAAAACCUUGAGUGCAGUCUGCAGAGGUCGUAUCCUUAUCUGCAGUUCUUACAAAUUCACCUAGCAACCAUUUUUAAUUUUGCAAAGCUUUCUUUAGGUUACUAUUGUGUUGGUUCUUCAUUUUCUUGUUGUUCUUGAACAGAACCUGAAAGUUUCGUCAUAGCUAGGUGUUGAGAGAUUGAUUUGGGCUUAUGUGGCAUUGUGUAGCUUUCCACACCCCUGUCUUACUUUCUGUGCCACACUGAACCUUGUUAUUUGCUAAGAGUCAGUUGAAUAAGGGAGACUUGAUGUACUUUAUUUCAAGUGCUAAGCAUACUGUUAAUGAAACUGUUAUUUGUCUUGAGUACAUUCCUUUGUUGUUUUUGCAUUCUUGUUCAACAAUUAAUGUAUUUUUAGUAGUUCUGGUUAUGAAACACCCCAAGGUCUCUCAACCAACCUCUUCAGGAUCUGCCCAUAAAGCAAGGAUAUGCAUAUUCUUGAUACCAUUUGAAAAUAAACACUUUGAAGUUUGUGGAAAUGUAAAAGGAAUGCAGGAGAAUAUAACACAUUAGAUCUGGAAAAAGGUAAUAUAAAAGAAAAAUAAUAUAUAUAUUUUUUUUUGUACCAUCUUUGAAAUGCAAGAGAAAGGCCAUAAUGUAUUAUUCCAGCCCAGGUGCACUUUUGAUUUUGUCCACUAGAUGGCAGCAGUGCAUGUGCAAAGAUUUAGACUCAUCCACACAUUUCACUGUAAUAGUUAUUGUAAAUUGGACAGUGCAGUUAGAUUAACAAGAAUUUAAGCUUUCUGACAAUAUCAGAUAUGUCUACGUCCUGGGAAUUUUUCUUGUUACUUACAACCUCAUGCUAACCGCAUUAGUCUACGUUAGCUCAACUGUCCCGUGGAUGGGACACCGAUCAUAUCCUCUCAGCCAUAUUACCAUUUUGGUGAUGUAAUCUAAUAUUUGCAUUAAACAAGCUAAGUUAUAUAGAUUCUGUUGUGGAAUCUCCAAAGACUGAUUUAUUCAAUGCUGCCUGACGAGAGAGAGAAUAAGCGAGAAGACCAUGGGUGUACAACUCUUGUCCUCUUGGCCUGUAUUCUAUGCUGGUUUUUCAUCCUUGCCUUUUAACUUGGAACUGAAUUAUAUCUGCAUAACCAGGUGUGUGACUUCCUUAGCCAAUCAAUUACACUUUGAGCAAUUAAGCACCAGGGAGAAACAAAAACCAGAAGGACUUUGACCCCAAGGAUGGCCGUCACUAGUUGCCACCGCCACAAAGUCAUAAACCCUGCCUAUUUCUACAAUUUAUCUACUUAAAAUUAGACUUUUAACCCUAACCUUAUGCCUAAACUAAGACCCCAAAAAAACGUAUUUGUUUUCAUACAUUUUUAUGAUACAGCCAAUUUGACUUUGUGACUGUGCUAGCUAGUGGAAACCGUGAAGGCAUGAAGCAGUCCAUGGCUGGAAUUCAAUCGUUGCAGAUCGUCAAUUUUUUUCUGCACUGCCUCUCAGAAGUGUGUUUGAUUUGACAACAGUAUAUCCCGGAUGGAGGGAAUUGCCACUUUAAUUAAAAACGGUCAGUCCUAUGGAUUGAAAGAGCUAGCUACAACUCUAUUGAGCUUUGUCUUAGUAAAACUGGAGGUAAUUUUUGUCCUUUUUCUAUAGGAAACAUGUUAUCAGUAGGAUAGACUAAAGUGAAACUAUUCAAAACUGACUACAUUUUGUAAGGGGAAGCUGACAUAAAACGGAAACGUCUGUUUGCUUCAGUGAAUAGUACUGGCAUUGCCUUGGUUUUGUCAUGGUGUGGUACUCUGUGGUGCUUUUCUCAGACUAACAACAAGUUCAACAAAAGGAAAGUCAUAAUUUGUCAACACUGGCACUGUUGGCACUUCCCGAUAUGGGCAUGUCUCAACUUUUGACAAAUUGGAAUGUUUAAAAAAUAUAUAUAUAUAUUUUUAAAGCUUAUCUAAGCAGGAAGUCACCAUGCUGUGUAUGACAAUGUCAUAUUGCUGAGUCUGCGUUUAAACAACACAAUAUUUGUGAAAGUUCUCACAUGCCGUUGGUUGACAAUGUUCGUACAUUAUUAAUGUAGACACAAAUUUGUGUGCAUUUGACUAUUUCAAUCAAUCAAUGUUUAUAGUUGUAAAUUAUUUCUGACUCUUUCAGACUGGCUUUGUUCAAUCUUCUAAUUAUUUUACAAGUCCCACUUUUUUUGCAUGUUUCUCUGUAUUCAUGAUCUUACCAGACUGCUUUUCAGUCAUGGUACAGUGUUGAUAAGACUACUGUGAUUAAGGUAUUUAUUGUCAACUUCAACAUGUUUAACCAAUGGGGUAUAUCAAAGACUACAUCAGGUCUAGUGCUUUGUAAAAUUCUCAUCAAGAGACCCUUUCCUCCUAUUCUCUGAGAAUUUGCUCAGAAUCUGUUUUUUGGGGUUGUAUUAUUUUUAAGAGGCAUUUAUCUUUAAAAAUAGAUAUAUAAUAAACCUGUGGACCUUUUAUUUGAUGUUGAUGUAUUCCCCUCAAUUAUUUUCUUGGUUGCCAUAUGAACUUGAUAUCGUACUUUACACUGUGAUUUAUCUCCCACUUCUCAUUGUCAUUUAUAUGUCUAGCAAUAUGUACCUCUCAAAAAAAAAAUUAACAGCAGAUGGAAGGUAAAAUGAUUGUAGGAUUAAGGGAUGAUAAUAUAACAAAAUAGGUCUACUGAAUAGGCCUAGUGCUAAUACAUAUAACUGAAAAGGGUGUUUCAUUUGAAGUUGUCAAUGAGGAUCCUAAUUGUAUAUUUUGGGGUGCUGGUAAUGUGAGUUUGUGGUUACUAAUUUGUAUAUUUUGGGGAGCUGGUAAAGUGAAACAAUGUAAGGUUUCAUCGAUUUAAUAAUAGAUAAUGUACAGUAUAAACUGGGUUAAUAAAAGUGAUUUUUAUUGUGUUAUA